AUGGGCGAUGACCACCUGCGUAAAGGUCGAGAAGUCCCCUUUCAUUGGUCAUUGUUAGCAGGUUGCACUUCGGGCAUCAGCGCCCGUUUUAUCACAGCACCUCUGGAUACAGUGAAGAUACGACUGCAGUUGCACUUGGCUAAUGAAACAUCAUACGGUGGGAUACUGCAUGUGGUACGUACCAUGUUGCGGGAUGAAGGCGUGCGCUCCUUGUGGAAGGGAAACGUACCAGCUUUGAUGAUGUACAUACUCUAUGGUUCGACUCAGUUCAGUGCCUAUUCGACUCUCAAUAAGGCACUGGCCGGAAACCAGUGGCCUGCACAAAUUCAUACGUGCGUAGUUGGAGCGCUGGCAGGCGCCUGUAGUGCUGUGGUGUCAUACCCGUUCGACGUUCUGCGAACGCGAUUCAUAGCCAACCAUGAUCGAGCUCUUUCCACCGUACUUGGGACAACGGUCGAGAUAUGGAACAAUGAGGGCGCUCAUGGGUUUUUUAGAGGAGUUUCAUCCUCUGUAAUAGGAGUAGGUAUUGCCUCAUCGUCGAUUUUUGCAACAUACGAAAGCAUCAAGAUAUUUUGUGAACAAUCACCAUACCGAGACUCUGCGUCUAUUAAAUUCUUGGAAUCCUCGGCCAGUACUAUAGCUGGUGUUGUUUCGAAGACGAUUGUUUUUCCUAUUGACACAGUACGAAAACGAAUUCAAGUCAUAAACUCUCGUCACCUGGACCGUUUCGCGCGAGGGAAUGUUGCAUAUGGUGUCUAUAGAGGGACCAAUUUUUUACAAUUGGCUCUCAAGGUUGUGGAAAAGGAAGGAGCUUCAGCGCUGUAUCGAGGUUUUACACUCGGGAUUAUGAAAAGUGUUCCUACCACUGUCGUCAGUAUUGGAGUAUACGAAUGGACUCUACGACGUGUCAUUUGA